GCGCUGGCGGAAGAGUUUUGGGAGGGAGAUGAUGACAGGCUGAUGAAACCAAUCAAACAAUGAAGUAAUCAUAAAUCCCCGGUGCUGGCGGCGAAGGCAGGAGGAGCUGCAGGCUGGAGGAGCCGAGAUCCUAACGAAGCCAUCCUGCUCGGCAGGAAAAACCCCGGGAGGCCGAAGCGCUGAAAGGCAGCCAAGGUGCUGUCAUUGGGGCCGAUGGACAGAGACAGCCCCGUGUGGGUGAGAGCAGGGAAAAUCCUGCCGGCAGCUCCGGGAGAGCAGCGCGGAGGGCACAGGGAGCGGUGGCUGGAAGGAGGAGCGGCGGCUCCCCGGGGAGCCGGCGGAGGAGAGAGUCCUGGCACUGCUUUGUUUGCUCUUCCCAAAGCGCUCCGUGAAACCUGAAUCCUGGGAGCAAAGGCUGAGGAAGCUUGUCACAGGCUGCUGGCCGGGAUGGGAGACGCUUCCUGCAGCGGGGGACACCACGGAUGGGUGUGACAGGGCCUGACCCUGCCCUGCAGCUGGAACAUCUGCACUGAGAGUUCCUGAGACUGGGAGCCCAAGCCCGGCUGGGCGUUCAUCGGCUUUGCCGAAGACAAUCCUGCCGCCGAGCAGGCUGCUCUGGUCUAGGCAAGGAGCUGCGCAACCAUGAGCGCGGGCUCGAUUGAGCAGGAGCCGUCGCGCAAGCUGGGCUGCUGCGGGGUGCCCCUCAUCACCGAGGACAUGCAGUCCCUGGCCAUCCGCACCCUCUCGGGCACUGACAUCACCAAGCACUAUGACCUCAUCCGCGAGCUCGGCAAGGGCACCUACGGCAAGGUGGACCUGGUGUCCCACAAAAGCACAGGCACCAAGAUGGCCCUGAAGUUCGUCAACAAGAGCAAGACGAAGCUGAAGAACUUCCUGCGGGAAUUCAGCAUCACCAACACGCUCUCCUCCAGCCCCUUCAUCAUCAAGGUCUUCGACGUGGUCUUCGAGACCGAGGACUGCUACGUCUUUGCUCAGGAGUACGCCCCCGGCGGGGACCUCUUCGACAUCAUCCCGCCUCAGGUGGGGCUCCCCGAGGAGCUGGUGAAGCGCUGCGUGCAGCAGCUGGGCCUGGCCCUCGACUACAUGCACAGCAAGAGCCUGGUGCACCGGGACAUCAAACCGGAGAACGUGCUGCUCUUCGACCGCGACUGCCGCCGCGUCAAGCUGGCCGAUUUCGGCAUGACGCGCAAGGUGGGCUGCCGGGUCAAGCGCAUCAGCGGCACCAUCCCCUACACGGCGCCCGAGGUGUGCCAGGCCGGCCGGGCCGAGGGCUUCGCCGUGGACACCAGCAUCGACGUCUGGGCUUUCGGGGUGCUCAUCUUCUGCGUCCUCACCGGGAACUUCCCCUGGGAGGCGGCGGUGGCGUCCGACGCCUUCUUCGAGGAGUUUGUGCGGUGGCAGAAGGGGCGGCUGGCCGGGCUGCCCUCGCAGUGGCGGCGUUUCACGGACGGCGCCCUGCGCAUGUUCCAGCGCCUGCUGGCCCUCGACCCCGAGAAGCGCUGCCCCGUCAAGGAGGUUUUCUACUUCAUCAAGUGCGACCUCAUGGCCGAGGUGCGGUGCCGGCCCUCGUACCGCUCCCGCAAGCACGCCAGGGACAAGCUCCCGGCCGGGCCUCACUGCCACGAGGCCGGCGGCUCCUGCACGCCCGCCCCGCUCAAGAGGACCGUGCUGACGGAGGGGAGCGGAGCGCGCGGCCCCGAGCCCGGCGCGGCCGCCCCGGGCUCGGCGAGCAGGACAGACGGACGGCAGGACAAGGGCAAGGGGCAGAUGGUCCUGGCCACAGCAAUAGAGAUCUGCGUGUGACGGCGGCUGCGCGACCCGGCCGGUCCCCACGGGCCGGGGACAGGAACCGGGGGGAGCACGUCGCGGUGGUGGCACCAGCCGGGACCGGGCUCUGGGUGUCCCAAAGGAAAAACAAAAACAAAAACAAAACAAAACAAAACAAAACAAAAAAAAAAAGGAAAAGAAACACAACCGAAGAGGAAAAGGACAGAACUGGUUGCGCUCUGUAGCGCCGAGGAUGCCGAUCCCCCAGCCGAGGGCACCGCUCGCCGCCACGGGGGGGGCUGGGGGCACCCGCAGUCCUGCCGCGGCUGUGCCGCCCCCUCCAAGGCUCCCCGGGGCGGCAUGGGGAGGGGUCUCCCAGUACGGGGAGGAAGAGUCGGGGGCAGCGGGAGGCGGGUGGCCCGCUGGCUCUGCCCCCGCCCCGUGCUCCACCCCUGUCCGGGCAGCGGGAAGGCCGAUGACCCUGCACCGUGGAGGAGGCCUUUGGGGAGGUUCGGGUGGGUGGUGAUUUGCCCCCUUCCGCUGGUCCCUGCCGCACCGCUGGGGCCUGGGAGGGGACGGGGAGGUGGGUGGCGGGGAGCCGGGGGGUGCCGGCAGCCCCGGACCCCCGGCUGCCUCCCUGCCGCGGGAGGUGCUGGCAGCCACUGAUGUAGCAAGCGUCCCUGUCUGUGUGUCGUUGCGUGUCCCGGCGUCGGCAGCCCCUGUCCCCCUGCCCUGCCCCACACGGCUCCGGCCCUGCAGGUCGGACGCUGGGGCCGGGCUGGCUCUGCCGUGCCCGUGUCCCCGUGGCCCCUCUGCAGACUCUCUGUGCCCAGGCACUGGAGGAGGUGGCAGCGGGGCGCCCCAGGCUGGCCCGCGCAGCCCGGGAGCGGGGCGGGGAGCUCCGAGCGGCCUCCCGCGGGUCCGCCUGCUUCUCUGUGCCGUCCCCAUCACCCCUCCUUGCUGUCACCCCUUCCCCAGACCCGUCACCCUCCCCUGGGGCCGGCGGGGAAGCGGCGGCGGGAUGGCCCCUGCCGGGCUUGGCUGCAGCGAGGCGGGGCGCGGCGGCGGCAGCCACUGGGGCCCCUUAGUGACGAGGUGCUGGGGUGUGCGUGGAGGUCACACCUUCCCUCCUGGCUCUGGGCACCCAGCAGAGCGGGGAGCUCACCCCACCGCCGCGGUGGGGAAGCUGCGGGGGCACCCCGAGGCGGGAGCGCCCUGCUGCGGUUCGGGCUUCCCUCCCACGGGCGGGCGCCGCGGAGCCGCCCCGCUGCCCCAAUCCCCCACAAAGGGCUAUAACGCUUUCCAGCAGCAGCAGCAGCAGUUUACAGAGCAGGGGCCGCCCCCGCCCCCGCCGUGCCCCGUCCCCGGCACCCCCGGGCCCGGCGUUAGACGUAGCAUUGCCCCACGUAGAGAGCUAGGCACCGGUUUUACUCCUCUUUGCCUUAGGUCCCUCGAUGUCCUCGAUCUUUCGUGCAAUAAUGUAGAUAAGGGAUCCCGGCCGUCCCGGCGGGGCUCGGUGGCACCGCCCGGGGGUGUCCCAGGGGGUGCCCGCUGUGAUUUCUGUCCCCGUCGAGGUCGCUGUGUCCGUAGGUUGUCAGGUUUUUAUUUCCAGUUCCCUCAACUGUCGGGUUUCGGAUCUUCUUCCCGUAGGAGAGGCUUUAGUGUCACAGACGUUACCUCAGUUUGUCACUGUUGAAAAGGAUUUAAAAAAAAAAAAAAACACACAACUGAAACCAUAAAAAACGACAAAAUACAUAGUUAUAAAAGCAACAAAAAAUUUC